UAGUUGAAACUUGAAAGCAGGAGGUAAUAAGUGAAGAGAAAAAACACAAGGAGUGGAAAUUUAUACAUAUACACAUCAUUCUUUCUAGUCUCUAAUUUUCCUUUCUUUCUCUACACUCAUUUGAUCAAUUCCCAUGGUCUCGCUCUCCAAUUCUAUUUAAUUCCCCCAAAUCCCAAGCCUUUUCGUUUAGAUCUCAAUUGGGUAAUGGACAUGGCUUCCAGUCCCCGCACCGUGGAAGAGAUCUUCAAGGAUUAUAGCGCCAGAAGAACCGCUGUUAUUCGCGCUCUCACUCACGAUGUUGAUGAAUUUUACGGCCUCUGUGAUCCAGAUAAGGAUAACUUAUGCCUCUAUGGACACCCGAAUGAGGCCUGGGAGGUAACUCUGCCGGCCGAGGAAGUUCCCCCGGAGCUCCCUGAGCCAGCACUUGGAAUCAAUUUUGCUAGGGAUGGCAUGAACCGCAGGGAUUGGCUUUCUCUGGUUGCUGUGCAUAGUGAUUCCUGGUUGCUCUCUGUAUCCUUCUACCUUGGAGCUCGUCUUAAUCGCAAUGAAAGGAAACGUUUAUUUAGUUUAAUCAAUGAUCUUCCAUCCGUUUUUGAAGUUGUGACUGACAGGAAACCAGUUAAAGACAAGCCCACUGUGGACAGUGGAAGCAAAUCUCGAGGAAGCACCAAGAGGUCAAGUGAUGGGCAAGUUAAAAGCAACUCAAAGUUUGCAGAUGAGGGCUACGAGGAGGAUGAAGAUGAGCACAAUGAGACACUUUGUGGAAGCUGUGGUGGAAACUACAACGCAGAUGAGUUUUGGAUCGGGUGUGACAUAUGCGAGAAGUGGUUCCAUGGCAAGUGUGUUAAGAUUACCCCUGCAAAGGCUGAGAGCAUAAAGCAGUACAAAUGUCCAUCAUGCAGCCUCAGGAGGGGCAGGCCCUAGAUUGAAGCCAAUCGAAUGGGUGAGUGUUGUUUCGGGGCUUACAAGAUAUUGUAAUUUUGUUGAAUCACUUAUCACUUAUACAAGUUCAUGUAAUAGGCGUUGUAUUGAAGUCUCUGGGCGAAUUUAUUUGGGAUUAAGUUUGUUUUCACCAAGAUGAACCGCUGGUGUAUGUUACAGAGUAUAGAAUAGAACAUGACAAAUUUUAAUUAGAGGAUUAGUUGAUAUUUGUUUGAAUUUACAUAUUGUAGUUUAUUUUAUUUUAUUUUUAACAUUGUUUAAGAAAACAAAACAUUUUCCCCUC